AAAAACAAAUAUUGAACAAGAUCAACGCCCAUAUAACUGGGGUCACGAACGGCUCCCAAUUGGGGCAAAGUCGUAAGCAGAACAACCAGAAUUCGAUUCUUAUAUGGCAGACCAAGAAGACACCAACACAUGGGGUUCAACAUCAUGGACUCGUUUAUCAUCUCUCCGGCAACAAUCACCCCUCAUCCAAUGCAUCACAAACCUCGUAUCAAUGGAUAUAAUGGCCAACACACUCUUAGCCGCCGGUGCAUCACCGGCAAUGGUCCACUCAAUUCUUGAAAUACCAGAAUUCACUCCUCACACACAAGCCGUCGUUAUAAACGUCGGUACACUCACCCCUGACUGGUUGCCGGCCAUGAAAGCUGCUGCCGCUGUGGCUAAUCAGUUGGGUAAACCGUGGGUUCUUGAUCCGGCCGCUGUUGGUGCUUCGGGUUUCCGGCUUAAGGCUUGUCUUGAGUUAAUUGAACUUAAGCCUACUGUUGUUAGAGGAAAUGGGUCGGAGAUUAUUGCUCUUUCUAUGGCUUCGUUAGGAUCUACUAAGGGUGCUGAUAGCUUGCAUGAAUCUAGUGAUGCUGUGGAAGCAGCAAAAUCUUUAGCUAAAUCAAGUGGAUCCAUAGUUGCAAUUUCAGGGUCAGUUGACUUUGUUACAGAUGGUCAACGCGUCAUCGGUGCACACAACGGUGUACCAAUGUUGCAAAAGAUAACCGCUACCGGAUGCGCAGUCACAGCCCUCAUUGCUGCUUUUGUUGCAACUGACCAGACACACGCCUUUGAAGCCACAGCAUCCGCAUUGUCUGUAUUUGGUCUGGCGGGUGAGAUUGGCAUGGGUUUGGCAAAAGGGCCCGCGUCACUACGGAUGCAUUUGAUUGACUCGCUCCAUGGGCUAGAUCAAGAAACCGUUCUACAACGUGUCAAAAUAACAAGCUUUUCGUGAACGGUUUGGCAAAAUGAGUUCCUUUUGUUCUUUGUUUUCUUGUUUCAUAUUUCAUAUCCUGAAAUUACAUAAUUGUGGUUAUUAUAUUCAAAACGUUCAAAACGCAUACCCAAACACACUCGGAAGGUUCACGCGCUAUGUUUCGUUAAAUCAUUUUGACAUUGAUGAAAUGAAAAUUACAAACAAGAUGA